CCACCUACAGAGAAGAGCAAGCGCGUCCCCUCCCACCGUAGGACAAUGGAAUUGUGAAGCCACUCCGUAGAGCGAUCCAACCAAGGGAGUGGGCAUCCGAGGCAACGCGACGAGCGAGCAGUCAAUGCCAACCUCAAAAGCAACAUGGAUGAAUGGUCACCUAAGUGGAAUUUGUAAUGUCGCAGUAAGAAUGCCACCGCCGCACAUAUUUCGUCCGUUACUUGUUGUUUUUCUCGGCAGUCUUUGGGACGGACUUGCUAAAUCAAUUGCAGACCAGGGAGCACUUGAGGUUCUCAUCAGAGUCCAGGUAUUCGACAACAGUGACCUUUCACCUAUAGCGGAGGCUGGUGUAGAUGUUUUCGGGAACCAGUCCGCCUUAGCGUCCAGCAAGGCAGGGGAAGAUGGCAUUGUCACUGUCACCUUCCUGUACCGCCCCGGCACCUGGGUCAUCGUCACGGCAACCAAGAACGGCUUUGUCACUAACUCCGCCCCCUGGCAUGCCAGCCGCGUCCCCUUGUAUGCAUCAGUCAGCCUCUACCUGCUCCCUCAGAGACCUGCCACCCUGAUCCUGUAUGAUGAUGUAGUCCAGGUGCUGCUUGGAACCCCAGGAGGUAAGAACCAGCCUUGGAUGCAGCUCCAGAGGAGGUCAAUGUCUCUGGCCCUGAACUCCACCAAGCCGGAGCUUUCCGCUGCGCUGACCUACGCUCAGAGCCAAUACGAGAUGGGAGGCUUCCCCUACCCCCUGGGCUGGGAGGGCAACGCCACUGGGGUUAACAGUAGCUGGGUGGAGCUGACGGCGGUGGCGGCGGUCAGUGCCCACCUGUACGGACAGAAUGGGACCAGCGUUCAGGCGUGGGAGCCCAUUCACAUGUCCAUCCCCCUCCCUGUGGACACGCCCCUGCAGACGGCCACCAGCGUGCCCAUGUGGAGGUUUGACGACAAGACCGGACUCUGGGUUAGGAAAGGAACUGGCUACAUCAAGAAGAACGGCACACAGCUGACAUGGAGUUUUGUGGCCAGUCAGCUGGGAUACUGGCUGGCAGCGUUUCCUUCAACCACAGGCUCAGCACUGAACCCCAGCGGCCUGCGAGAUAUCUCCAUAUACCACACCUUCUUCCUGCUGGCCAUCCUGGGCUCCAUGGCUCUUCUGGUGCUGGUUCUGCUCUGUCUGCUGCUGUACUACUGCAGAAGGAGAUGUCUAAAACCUCGACAGCAGCAGCACCGCCAUGGCAAGACGCUCGUCUCCGCCGGCCUGGACGGCUCCAGGAGGGAUCAAUGCACAUCCACCUCCCAGCUCAACCUCAUCAGCUCGGGCCACAUCCUCGUGGACACAGCCUCUUCCACUGGGGGAGACCCAGACGCCCUCAAAUCGGACCUGUCCUCCUCCCGAGACAUCCACAGCUCCAGGGAGGACUUCUUCCGCCAUGCUGCCCCGGGCAAGGCCCAGCGUCAAUCCCGGCUGAACGUGGAUGCUGUCGCCAGGUGUAGCGGUGCCGGGGGGGAGAGUUUUCCCAUGAAGGCGACAACGCGCUCUACUAACACCAAUGACCAGGAGCCCCCUCGACUGGCCCGGGACGACACGCGCAGCUUCAGCUCGGUGGAGGAGAACACCCACGACCCCGGGCGUCGCCACAACCACCACACCCGCAACGCCGGCGACAGCCAGGGCUACUCCUCAGAUCCUCCGUCACCGCCGCCUCUGCUGCCUCCUUUCACCGGACACUACCAGGAUUACUGCGGCCUACCCCCGGAGUACUCGGCAUCUCAGACCGGGGACCUCCUGGCCAGGCCCAACUCCCUGAACACCCAGCCAGGCCAGCUCAUCUUCUGCCACUCCAUGGACCAGAUGAAGGAGAGCGUGUAUCGGAGCGUUGUGCCCACGCUGGUAAUCCCGGCCCACUACAUGCGCCUGUCAUCAGACCUGUCGGCCGUGGAGCAGGCCCUGGAGAGGCAGCAGCAGAUGCAGCAUGACGUCGAGGGGAUCCAGGUGAGCAUGACCCUGCCCAGGCAGCAGAACCAACAGAACCGCCAGCAGAACCAACAGAACCAGCAGCAACAGAAUCACCAGCAGCACCGGCAGGGGGAUGAGGAGAGCGAUCAGCGUGGGGAGGAGUCGGAACACUCCAAGUGGGCCUCGGACCCCAACGCGGCUCCGAUGCGCAUCCCUGUCCUGUUCAACGACAACACCAUAUCCCAGAUGAACGGAGAGCUGCAGGCACUUACAGAGAAGAAGCUCCUGGAGCUGGGGGUGAAGCCUCACCCCCGGGCCUGGUUUGUGUCCCUGGACGGUCGCUCCAACUCCCUGGUCCGCCACUCCUACAUCGAGCUGGGCGGCGACCCCCUCAGCGUCCCCGGUGGAGGGGCGGGAGCUGUGGGCAGUCACCACGACAACAGAGUGGACGUGGCUCGUGAGGCCAACAUAAAGCAGCGGAGGGGGAAAGAGGAGAGGAAGGCCCGAGAGGCAGCGGCCAUGGCCGAGAGGAAGGAUCACGCCGGGAAGACCUACACCAAACUCCCCUGUAUUGACCCCGCCGACCCGCCCAGCGGCGAAAGCUUCACCGCUGCACACUCCCCGGAGGACAACUCCAUGGCACCGCUCCUGGACGAGGCCCCAGAGACCAUCGUCCGCGGGGGCACGUUCCCCCGGAAGGGCCGUAGCCAGGACAACAGCGCUCGGAGCAGUAGCACCAACACAAGCGAGGCAACACGCAGGGACUCGGCCACCAGCCCGGAGGACGGGGAGGACGCCGACGACAAGGACGAGGAGGGGAACAGGAAGAGUCCCUGGCAAAAGCGCGAGGAGAGACCCCUCAUGGUUUGGAAGUAAACUCUCAGGGAGCUAACUGUAAGAGAAUGGGGAGAACAACCACUUUGUCAACACGCCUAGUAUCUGACUGUGUCCCUGUGGGACUCCACAGAAGGAGGUCCGUCACAGACAAGGGGGGAAAAUGAACUAGAAUUGUGUGAGAGAAAUUAAGAGAGAAAGUUAACCACCCGAAGAAGCAUAGCUGUCACAUGAGCUGUGAAAGAAGUCGUCCCACUAUUGCUUGUAGUCCUCACGUGAGAUCAAUAGCUAGCUAUCUGUGUCUCUAAAAACGCCACUGAGUUUGGUAGGUUUUAGCCCUUAGCACCAGUCUCUUUAACUUACAUUUCUGGCCCUGUACUUCCUGAGAGUCUGGCCUCAUCAAUCUGUUAAUUCAAACAAUCAGUCAAUAAUGAUCUGAAAGUCCAGUCUCCCCGGCAGUAGAUGGUUAUGUUAGCAGUAGACGGGUAUGUUAGCAGUAGACGGGUAUGUUAGCAGUAGACGGGUAUGUUAGCAGUAGACGGGUGUGUUAGCAGUAGACAGGUUUGUUAGCUAAAGAGACUGGUACUGCUUAGCUAUGCUAGAUCUGUUUCUCCAGUAUUUUCAGAUGCCUGUGGAUUUAUUUAUUCCCUAAGCAUGUCGAUGGUGUUUGUAAAAAGGAACAAAUGGAAGAGUUCCUCUGGGUUGGUGUUCUAACAAUUUUUUUUCCCCCACUCUACUGUACAUUUAUCAGAUUAUCCUGUUACCUUGACAUCCAGCUCAAGCUAUUUUUUACAGACCUUUAGGGAGAUAUCCUCCGGCCAAACAGAAACUUUUGAUUCCUAUGGAAAGCCAAGACUGUCUGGUCAGACACUGAUAGACAUAGUGGAAUUAAUUACUCAGUUUAUUUUACGAUUAACUCUUUGUUUUUUAACAGACGGCCUUCUUUUCAUGACUAAGUAGAGCUGUCAUUAAGGAGACGGAGCAAUGUAUUGAACUGGCUGCCAUUUGUGUUCGCUAAGUUCCUACAACCCAGGGUUUACUACAAAGGUUUUGUUUCAUUUGGAACAUGUUUCCUUGUAGAUGACGUCAUAAGACAGCCUCCACUUUACUCACGGAAGCCUGGACGACAGCGCUGACCUUCUGACUUGAGACAUUAACACCAACACCUAUGGAGGCGAAUACCUGACAGUUGUCGGAGUUGUUUGUUAAGCGAGGUGGCUGCCAAAGUGUUAGUCAUGGAAAUUGAAGCAUUGAAGUCCAUGGCUUUCAUGACGAUAUUAGUUUGUAGUCAGACAUCAAUUAAAUGAUACAGAAACUUGAAACUCGAAAAGAUCGUAUAGGGUGUUAUUGCUAACUUGGGUAAAAUUAUAGAUAUAUAGCCUACAGUACACUGACAAUGUAGGGAAAUGUGCCCAGCCAUCAAAACAUAUUUUACUGGAAACUACCUGUGUCCUCAUAAACUGUGCCAUAAUUGAUUGUGAGUAGUGUGGCAGACCUGGAAACAUUCAUCGCCAAGAAAUCUCAUAAGUGCCUUAUUUUAGUGUGAGAAAUAGCUCGGAUUCAAGGCUCCUGCAUGAAACCAUCUUUCAUCCAUUCAGAGAGCCCCUGUUGGCUUAACCAGCUUGUUACUGAGUCAUACAGUAACAAGCUAUAAUUAUUAUUAUUAUAAAAACAACAACUUUGACUUGAACCAAAAGCUCUAGUCCUGUUAUAAUUCUGUCACUUUGGCUUGUUGUGGACUAAUAUACAACACAACGUAAAGCAAUUCAUGAGCGGAACCUUGCCUAACAUAAUAAGCAACAAACCUUCAAACUUGUAUUCUCACAUUGCGUGUUUUAAAACCACUACUAUUUGUUAUUGGUUACAACACUGAAACUGAUCUCUCUCCUCUAAUUUUAAGACUUGGUACUUUCCAUGCACUGAGUUAAUACUAUUUUGUGAAGUGGUCUUCCUGUGGUUUUCCUUUUCUCAUAAGCUUUCAUGCUAUUGCUUUCUGUUUUUGUUGUUUCUUUAAUUCGUCACAGAAUUGGCUUCUCUCUCCUUCAGCAUGCUUUGAUGCUGGCAGAAUUGAACCACCUGUCUCUACAAAUAAACCAGCUAAUCUCUGAUAUUGGAUCUCAGAGAUGUUAUGUUUGGUUUUAUGUGCAUUUGAUCAGGGAUCAGAGCUUAAGUGGGCACAAGUUGUUUUGGGGAGGACGUAACUGUCCUAUCCCAGCCAGGGGAUGGGGUUGGCACAUCAAAGCUUAUACUUUUAUUGGCCAAAUGAGGCACAGUUGUGUGCUAGUCAAUAAGCCAUCUGAAGUAUUUUUUUUUAGAUCAAGGAUAGCAAUAGUGUAAGUCUUUAAACAGGAAAGUCAGCUGAAAAGUGGAAUUCUUGAUUUGGCAUGUGGAGUGUAGGCGCAUUCUCACAAAUCACAAGACUGCGCCUUCCACGCGAUGGCGCCAGUAUGCUGGAACCAGGGGUCAAUAAAAGUUGAACUAAGUGAGAAGGGGUUACGUUGAGUACGAAAAGACGUACUCGCUGUUCAAUUUAACUGACACGCUGCUGUUCUGAAAGACCAAUUUAAAAACAGGGAGGGGUUAUGUUGUGGUUUUGAAAAAGCUGUCAGCUUGACGACUGCCCUUUAAAUAAGUUACUGCUUAAAGUGACAGCCCUUUGCCCCCACCUGACAAAAUAAAGAAACAUUGAAGUAUGUAGCCUACAAACGUUCUGGGGAAACGUGUCGAAAAUUUUGAGUAAAGAAGCAAAACGAACAUAACACAUCAGGGGUGUGUUGUAUGACGAAACAUGUUUUUUGUGAGCUUUUUUUAUACCGUUGUUUUUAUAUAUGUGAAUGCCUGGCUAAUCUUACUUCCUCUUAUGGUUGAGUGCUUACACAAGUUGCCACCUUUCCCUCUCUGAUCUAUCUGAGGCGAAUCUUUGCAAACUUUUCAUGCUUGUUAUUAAUAAUGGUCUACUAUAUAAUAAUACAGUCCAAAUGAUUAAAGCAUUUAACAAGUAA